AUGUCUCUUGCUCCCCUCAUUGCGUGGAUGAAGGGUCCUCUGACGAAGACAGUGGAAGGCGCAUUCCUUAAUAUUAUUGAAAACGAGGUUCUGUCGAGCAUUUUCAAGACCCCUGUCUUGGAGACGUACGCGCAUGACGCGGGUUUCUGUCAAACAUAUAGGACCAAUAUCAAAGACCCAUGUGCAUUCAAAAACAUUCUGGCUAAUCUGAAGGGCGGUCACUACUCAGAGAUAGGCCAGAUCAGCUACCACUUUCUUCUGAUCACGUAUAACAGCAUUCGAUUUAAUAUCAAACCUGGGUACACGCUAGAGCAGGCACUCCGUCCAAAAAACUGUACACCCAUCAUAGAGGCUACGGGGCGACUUUAUAACGAGAUCAUUCGUGUGUUCCAAGCAAACGUCUUUGAAGGGAGGAUAGUCUCAGCAAAGGCUAAGCAUUUUAAUGAUAUCUUCCUUGAGGUCGAGCGUUAUUUCGCGUGCCCCGUUAAUAUGAAGCAGCAUGUUGCACGAAAGCCCGUACCGAAGUCGGACUCUGAUGCCCUGGAUCUCCUUUUUGCCCCUCAUCCCUCUGGAUCUCUGGACACUCAGCCUAAUAAUAAGAGUAAGACCCCGAGACCCCUAAGGUCCGGCUCGCGCUUAUCCACUUCUGCUUGUCCCAACAGCACUAGCUCUUUUAAUAAAGAGGCUGAUCCUGCAUCUUUUCCUUUGAAUGCCGUGGAUGACCCUGGGUCCGGAUGCUCCGCAAGCAAGAAGGUGACCUUUGACCUUCCAUCCACACUCAAUGAGUUUAGACCCGCGUCUGGAGCCUUAACCCCCAUGAACAGUUCUACACUGACCACCUCAGCAUUGAAAGAAACUCAGCCAGUACAGAAACGCGCGAGGUCUGCCUCGUCGCAACAAAAAGGCAAUACUAUCACUGCUGCUCCGAGCAUCUCGCAGGCUCAGCACUCAUUGUCAGAUGCAGGGCUGUCCAGCACUUUCCGCUCAAAGGUCUACGAUACCAGUAAAGACCCUGUUCGCGAACGCAACAUGCGUCUUUUCAACUGUGCAGCUUAUCUCAUGAGCUACUCUAAUGAAAGACGAGCUAAGGUCUUCGCUCAGAUCCGGUCAGUUCUGAACAUUGACGAAACGGUUCGCGACAUUGAUCUAAAUGUGCUCUGCAGAACUGAGUCUCAGUUGCGGGAAGUCUUAGGUAUAAUUGAGCAAGGGUGA